CGCGCCCGCCCCCGGUCUCUGCCCGGUGCGGGGAGGAGGGGGUGGGGCUCGGCUGCGCCGCGCCUGCGCGGCAGGAGGCGGGGGUGACCGCGCAGUGUGCGCAGCUGCCGCCGCAGCGUGGAGCCGCCGAUGGAGCCUCCCCCUGGCGCAGCAGAAAAUUCUAAGCUGAGACAUGUAGAAAAAGAUGUUUUGAUUCCACAAAUAAUGAGGGAGCGAGCCAAGGAGCUGUGUUCAGAUAAAGUGCGAGCAUUUACUAAAUGCUGUCAAGAAACUGGUCUUCUUAUGGUGGUGAAGUGUCGGCAAGAGAACACGGCACUGAAAGAUUGUCUGGUUGGCUACUAUUCUGAUCCAUUAUUCUAUGAAGAGUGCAAAACAGAAUAUUUGAAGCAAAGAGAAGAAUACAGAGCAACUGGAAUUAAAAAAAAAAGACAGAAGCUUACUUCAAAUGUGUAGUUAAAACUUAAAAUGAGCUUUUCAAAUUUUAUAUCCAACUUUCGUUUGCCUUGAUUUAAACAGACUUAAAUCAUCUGUACCCCUCUGUGUGGAAUUUAACUGAAAUACACAAAAGGAAUGGAGAAUAAAAUAAUCUCUGAACACGAAAGUAAGGUUUUUAUAUUUUCUGUAAUUAAAGAUAUAAAGCAUGCUGUUAACAGUUUGCAAGCUGCAAAGGUCUGUUCCUCUGCCUGGACUUGACAUUUUGUUACCAAUUUACAAAUGGCCUUUUGGAAUUUAAAGUUUGUGUCUAGUAAUGUGUGGCAGGCUACAUAGAAACUUAAGGGUGAAUACUUUAAGUUGUAUUAACUGAUCACAAAUUGGUAUAUAUUAAAAUUGGUCUAUUUGUCAUCUGAAGCUGAGGGUAUACAGAGAUGCUCGUACUAGAAGGGAAAAGUGGCAAAUGCAGAAGAGAAGACCCUCUUGGACCAAUUUGACUUACCUUUUCCAUGAAAAUGUUGAGUUGUAUGAGAGCCCAAUAGUACUUUUGCCUACUGUGACUCAUUUUUAAGUCUACAUUACCAGAAGAGAUGGAUGCCCCGUGCCUGUCUGUUGUCCAGACCAACCGCUUCGACUCUAGAGGAAAAAGUCAUCUGAUCUAGACCUUCUCUGAGACCAGGAGAAGGCAUGCUGAAGGCAAAAUCAUUGAGAGCAGUAUCCUCCCCUGCUUUCCUCUUUCAGAAUGAAGAGGGUUGUAUAAGUUUCCAUGCUUCAGGAGUGAGUGAGUGACCACACUUGCAAAAUUGUUACAGGUGGAGGUGAGUAAACAACUAAAUGAGGUAUGUAAGGUGCAGGUCACUUCUUGCAGAAACCAGGUGUAAGCAAGUCCCUACUUAAAAAGAGGAGUAGAAAGGAUCUUCUGUACACUAAUACUUGAAGCUGCUUAAUUGUAGAACUCCCAAAUGCAUAAAUGGCUUCACUAGAGACAGUCUGUAAACUUUAUAUUACUGGUUUGGAGUAUCUUUUGAAGCAUUUUGAAAUAAAAAAAAUCUUUAUAGGUAAGGAAAGGUUGCACUUAGAAAACUUACUUACAUGGUAACUUUAAUGUCCUGAUUUAAAAAAAAAAAAAGAUUUUUGCCUAAGUAGUAGGAUUUGUUACUUUUCCAUCAGAACAUGCACAAUUUGACUUAUUUGAGUACUCUUUCACCACAAACCCAGUACUGCUCUACAGCUAUUCACGUAGGAAAUUCAAAUCAGACUUCGACACACAUGUAUGUGAAGUACUUAAGUUAACGUUGCAGGUUAGUCCUUGCUCUUUAUUCUGUGCCUUUUACUGGAAUAAUCAGUAAUAAUGUUGCUUCUGCUAUUACACAGCAGCUUGGCUGGAGGGCCAGGGAAUGCUUGCAAAUGAAAAACUGAAAAGAUGUGUAGUAGUCUGCCUCAUUAGGCAAACUUUAGCACAUACUGAAUUGUGCUGUCAGCCCUUCAUUGCUCUUUACCGCCACUGUUGGGUGUGUAAGAACGAACUGGGUUAUUGCAGCUCCUCCUUUGUUUACUGUGGCACUUGGAGCUGGGCUCUGCCAUCAGCUUCCUCUGUAAUACAGCCUGGCCUUAAUUUGGUGUUUCCUACUUUUGAAUUCUUGACUUCACACCUUUCGCUUUCUUAAUGUCUGUAUUUUAAUUGCAUUUAUAUCUUGUAUUUAAAGUUUAAAUGAAAGAAUGAAGUGACACUCAUA